AUGGGCGACCUGGCAGGCGGAGACUGCCGGGAGGCGGCGGCGCCCGAGGAGGAGGCGGCAGCGCCGGCGCCGGCGGUAGGCGGGGCCGACCACCUGGUGAUCAUGGUCCACGGGAUCAUCGGGAGCACAGCCGAUUGGAAAUAUGGAGCCGAGCAAUUCCAUAAGUUGCUAGAAGGCAGAGUCAUAGUUCAUUGUAGUAACAGCAACAUGCACAAGCUAACUUUAGAUGGCAUUGAUGUGAUGGGUGAACGGUUGGCACAAGAGGUUAUCGAAGAAAUCAACAAAAGACCACAGAUAACAAAGAUAUCUUUUGUUGCGCAUUCCGUUGGAGGAUUGGUUGCAAGAUAUGCCAUCGGAAGACUUUAUAGGCCUCCUGGACAAUCACUUGAAAAUUCUCCUCAAAGUUUGAGAGACAGCAACAGAGGCAAUAUACAUGGGCUUGAUGCAGUCAACUUCAUAACUGUUGCAUCACCACAUCUUGGUUCUAGAGGAAACAAACAGGUUCCUUUCCUUUUUGGAGUUACUGCGAUAGAAAAGUUUGCGUGCUGCAUCAUUCACUUCAUAUUCAGAAGAACCGGCAAGCACCUAUUUCUUACUGAUAAUGAUGAUGGAAAGCCUCCGUUGUUGCAACUUAUGGUGGAUGAUUGUGAGGACCUACGGUUCAUAUCUGCUUUGCAAGCAUUUCAGCGAAGAGUUGCAUACUCCAAUGUUGGUUACGACCACAUUGUUGGAUGGAGGACAUCAUCAAUCAGGGGGGCCUCCGAACUACCCAAGUGGGUUGAUUCGACAAGCAAGAUUUACCCACAUAUUGUAUACGAGGAACUAUCCAAAGCAGAAACUCUUGAUCAAUGUGCUGAUGUUGCUGAUAUUGACAAGGAUAACUGCACUCUAGAAGAACGGCUUUUGAGAGGACUUAAGCGUGUGUCAUGGGAAAAGGUGGAUGUCAGCUUCCAUAAUAGCAAAGCAAGAUCUGCUGCACACAGUGUAAUUCAGGUAAAAGAUCCCGUCAUGCAUAGCGAAGGGGCCGAUGUGAUAAAGCAUAUGAUCGACCAUUUCGUUACCUAG